AUGAAGGAUCGUAAACCAGAAGAUGAGGCUGUGUUCGAGAGAAACAAAAGAAGAUUGAUGGAGAAGACAACCCAUUUGCUUGGCGGCAGAAGGAGUGGUCCAAUCUGCUUCUUAUUCUCCAAGGAAGAACUCAAAGAGGCAACAAAUAACUACGACUCAAAGCAAGUUUUUCUGGAUGAUGGAAACUUUAGAUUGUACAAGGGUUUUCUGCAAGGCCAGCAAGUAAUUGUCAAAAAGUUCACAGUAAAAAAUGGGCUUGAAUCUUCUGUUCUUGAUAUUAUAAUUUCCAAACAAAUGAAUGGCCACAAUGCACUCAAGUUGGUAGGAGUUUGCCUGGACACUGAAAUUCCUGUACUUGUUUUUGAAUCCUUCAAGUCCAGUGGAACUCUUGGUGAUCGCAUGGGCAAUAGAACACCAGGUUUUGAACCUCUUCCCUGGAAACAUAGGGUGAAUAUUGCAUUUCAUUUAGCUUGCUCGAUUGCGUACUUCCGCCUUCAACUCCCUCGACUCGUUGUUCAUGGCGGUCUUAAACCCUCAAGUAUCUUGCUAGACGAACACAAUGUUCCGAAGAAUAUUGAUGUUUAUAGCAUUGGUCUACUGAUCCUUGCACUUCUGACCGGAAAAGAAGUAUGUGAUUCUCCUCCGAUUGAAAAGUCUAGCAAGGCAUACUAUUUAGUGGAUCAUGUGAAGGAAUGUGUAAUGAGUGAGAGGCUUAAAGAGAUCAUGCUUGACCCCAUAGUUGUGGUUGGUAGACCACUUACAACUGAGAAAGCAAAAGAAUUGAGAGAUUUUACACUGCUUGCUCUUGAAUGCACUCGUGACCAACUCCUGGAAAGGCCAAGAAUCAGCGAUGUGCUAAACCGACUCGGAGAUAUUGAACUUGCAGCACUGAAUAAUAAACACUGCUAG